AUGAAUCUCCAGCAAUUUCUGUCUCUUGCCGUCCUGGCCGUCGUUGCCUGCGUCACCUUCGCCGAAGAGGCCAAGAAGGACAAGGUCGAGGGCCGCGGUGGUCUCCUAGGAGCCGGCCUCGGUGCCGGUGGAGUCGGCUACGGCGCUGGCGUCGGCCCAGGAGUCGGUCUUGUAAAUCCCGGUCUCGUGGGCGCUGGUCUCGCUAACCCUGGACUUGUCGGAGCUGGUAUUGGAGGUGUUGGUCUUGGUCACGGCAUUGGACACGGCGUUGGACCCGGCGUUGGCCUCGGGCACGGAGUCGGUCUUGGCCAUCACGGUUAUGGAGCCAGCCACGGCCACGCCGCUGGAGCCAACCAGGCUGGAUUCCAGCAGGGAGCCGCUGGACACACCCAGGGAUCCGGUGCCUUCGCUGGCGGAAGCGCUAAGAAGCACGUAACAUCCUACAACCACCAGUCUGGCUACAACUCCGACACCGGCUUCUCCGCCAGCGAUGCCAAGAACUUCGGUACUGGGCACCAACAGGGUUCUACGGGCUUCACCGGUGGAGCUGCCGGCGGCCACGCUUCCCAUGGGCAGAGCGGCUUCGGCAAGGUCGCCGCUGGUGGCGUCGGUGGCGUCGGUAUCCUUCACUAA